CUCUUGCAGGAGUACAUCAAGGGCGUCUGCGAGCCGGAGCUGGAGGAGCGCGAGCACUACCCCAAGGCCAUGCACUGCAUCUUCGUGGGCGCGCAGGGCCUGUUCCUCAAGAGCCUGAUCCAGGACACCUGCGCCGACCUCUGCGUGCUGGACGUGGGGCUGCUGAGCCGCGAGAGCCUGCCCAGCUGCCAGAAGGAGUCGGAGGUGAAGAGGGAGUUCAGGCAGGUCGUGGAGGCGCGCGCCGACAACUACACCAUGGACUUGCUGAUCCUGCCCACGUCCCUGAAGAAGGAGCUGUUGGCGCUCACGCUGGGGGAGGACGCCCUGUUUGAGGCGGGGGACGAUGACAUCAUUGAGAUCAGAGCGCCCAGUGAGCCAGACGGGCUAAGCCCAGACGUGAAAGACACCACCGAGGAGAUGGAGCACAACAUCCUGGUGAACUUCUUCAAGACCAUGGGCUACUCGCAGGACAUCGUGGAGAAGGUCAUCCGGGAGUACGGGCCGUCCGCCGAGCCCCUGCUGCUGCUGGAGGAAAUCGAGAAGGAGAACCGGCGGAGCCAGGAGGAGCGGGAGUCGGCGCCUGCCACCGGGCACCCCGAGACCAGCAAAAACAAACACAAGGGAGUUUGUAGCAGCACCAACGAGUUCACCGAGGAUUCCACCCCAAAGAAAACGCAAGCUCAGCAAAAUACGGUGAAGAAAUUUUCUCCGCUACCGUUCAAAGCGGAAUCAAAACCGUGUACCUCAAACUGCAGAAUGAACGCUUACAAAACAGGGCCGAUGGAGCAGAGGCUGGAGCCCUGGGGCCCGCACCCCAACUACGGCGGGAACAUGGACCUGGAAAUCGAUGGCUUUGCCCCCUCCGUCGCCCCCUCGAGCCCCAGUUUUGUUUCGAGGGGAGUGUCAGGUCACCAGCCCAGGAUUCCAGUUUUCCCCGAGAAUGGGGUGCAGCCGCACGGAGAGGCCCUGCUCCCCAACCAUCUCAAGUCGGCCUGUGAGAGCCGGGCCGGCUGCCUCGGCUCCCCGCAGUCCAGGCCGAACUGCCAGCCCCUCCCGCCCACGCCGCUGCCCCCGCUGGGGCUCUCGGCCGGGUUCUCCGAUCACAUCGACUCCUCAGUGACGGGGGUGCAGAGGUUCCGAGACACCCUGAAGGUGCCCUACAAGCUGGAGCUGAAGAACGAGCCGGGGAGGACGGACCUGAAGCACAUCGUCAUCGACGGGAGCAACGUCGCCAUCACUGUGCUUGCUCUCCUUCGCUGUGCUGUUGGCAGUUCCUCCGGGGAAGCCCAGCGAAUGGCCACAGCUGCCCUGUUAUCUAAGGAAAGUGUAAGUGCGGCUGCAGCCACAGCCCGCCAGCACCAGUUCCUCAUUGUCUCAAUGUUUGGACCAAAUGAUGAUAUAAAAUGUAGGUCACGAUUGUGCCCCACUCCCUCCCGAACAGAGCAGCACUUCCUGACGCAGCUGCAGGAGCUGGGCAUCCUGUCCCUGACCCCCGCCCGCAUGGUCUUCGGGGAGCGGAUCGCGUCCCACGACGACAGGUUCCUGCUACACUUAGCGGACAAAACCGGUGGCAUCAUCGUAACGAAUGACAACUUCAGAGAAUUUGUGACCGAGUCGGUGUCCUGGAGAGAAAUUAUUACAAAGAGGCUGCUCCAGUACACCUUCGUGGGGGACAUAUUCAUGGUUCCCGACGACCCCCUGGGAAGGAGCGGACCCCGAUUAGAAGAGUUUCUUCGGAAGGAAGUCUUCCUUAGCCCCGACUCGGAGCAGCGGCUGAAGAUCGACCAGAUCCUGGCGGCCCACCCCUACAUGAAGGACCUGAACGCGCUGUCGGCCAUGGUGCUGGACUGAGCGCGGCCGCGCACUGUGAAGAGGCGGCCGGGAGAGGAACGGACCCCGAUUUGUGCAUAAACCCUGGGUUUUCCAGCCAGCUCUUUUCUACAUAAACGAUGCUGCUAUCAGAGGACCGGUUCCUGUCGGAGGAGAGUCUGCAUUCUCUGCCUGCUCAGACUGUUUCCUAGCAGUGACUCGAGUGUAAUGACAUUUUUAUGUUUUUUAAACUAUUUUCCUUAAAGCUGAAAAUAUUGACAAAUGAAUAUGAUUAGCCUUUCUAAAUAAAACAACAAAACAAAA